UGUGCCUGGAAGCUUUUUGCGCCAGUCCUCUCCCUUUCCCCGUUUUCAUCGGUUUCAUAAUUGCCACCAACAUAAUGACAGUUGCUGUGGCAACCAUGUCUCUCUUUUUUUCUUUUUUUCCCCUCUGGUGCGCGCACUAAAAGAAAAUUUAACGCACAUGCACUCUUUGGAUCCUGUCGGUCUUCCAUUGAUUUUAUUCUGUUGUUUAUGGGCAUCUUUGUUUGUUUAUUUACUGAUUAGUAAAUCCAUAACUGAGUGUUCUCUCGGAAUCCUGUAAAUGUUCUGGAACGCGUUUUUACGCACAGCUUUUACGCACAGUGUUUGGGGGGUACUGGAGGGAAGUUGAAUGCCACCAGUUGAAUGGGCCAUGACCAUCCGCGCGGAGCAGCCUGGAAUCGAGCCUCAUCAGCACCAGUGUGACGGACCAAUCACAGCGCUCCGUCAGCAGCGGACCUCCGAGAGGCCAGCUGAAGUUCAGCGGUGAAAUCUCUCGCUCACAGGAAUGAUUGAGAACCAGCUUCUUUCAAAGUUCACCUGUCGGGAGAAUAUAAGAAGACUUUGCGGGAUUGCCCCUCAUCGUCACUCAAAGCGGUUAUUUCCCAUGCAGAGCGCAGACCAGAGGAUCUGAGAACAUCUCGGUGUUCACUCCCUCCUCUCUCUUCUCCUGCAUGCGUUUUUUUCCCCCUCUCGAAGUGCCGCGAUGAUGGAUUAUCGAUGUCCUGAUGGAGACACAGCGUGAGUGGCUGAGACCCGCAGCGCUUCAGAAAAACAACCGAACCCCACCAAAACAGGUGAUCGAGAGCGCAAACAGACGCUCCAUCCCUCCACAUCAUCUCCUGCUACAACAGCUGCCAUCUGAGAAGCGCUGACAUACACACUACAGUGCGCAGGCUCUCCAGCAUCAAACCCCACAGCAACGCGCAGCAUACACACAAAAAAAUCAAAUUUGCUUGUCGACAAGUUCUGGAAAUCAAGCCCAAAUUCCCAAAGACAACACAGGAAGAAAGAAAGCCUCAGACGGAGCACUUUGUGGACCAAAUGCUUUGUGUUUCCCCUUCUUCUUCUGCUGAACUCUCCUCAGAAGGUUAGAGGAGCAUGUAACUGAAACAAGCAGAGCCCUCUGUGAUUCCAGCAUUCUGUUCCCCCCAUCUGUGCCUACAUUCUCUGCUACAGAUAGGGACGUUUUGAUAAUUACAUAUAAUUAUAAUUUCUGUGGGAGACAGAUCUGCCUCUGUCUAUUAUUGCCAACACCUCCAGCACAAUAACUCCACACAUUUACAUAUUUCUUUACAAAAGUGAUAUUCUUUUGAACCCCAGAGACAAUUUAGGAAUAAUCAUACUUCAAGAGACAUGUCACACGUUGAAGCAAAGUGCCACUCAACUCAGAUCUAAUUAGGGAUACAGCAGAGCGACAUGGGCCUCGCUUGUGUCUAAAAGCCGACGGAGAACCGUGGCUUUCGGCGGCGUGUCUUUUUAGGCUCUUUUUCAGAUGCACGCUCACUCCCGAUUUUCUGCAGUCACACUUAUUCAGCACAUAAGCGGAUCUUCAUCGUCACCCGCCGAGCAGUCACAGUAACGGCCUGUGCCGGGGAAGUACUGAUACCAGCCCGUCGUGGAACAGAUUCAGAUGAUGCAUCAGUGGAUUUGUGCCCGGAGAUGUCGUCCCGCAAAUUUAGGUUACAUUAAUGGAUAGAAGCGAUCAGUGGUGCCAUCAUCUGAGUGAUUGUUUAUCAAAAUUAUCCAUAGGGGAUAGAAUGAUUGUUCUUGAUUUAGAUAAGUGCCCAUCGUGACUGUUUUCAGAGGCUGACUGAAACAGUCGCAUUAAGAAAGACAAGAAAGGUGGCCAUUGACCACUUUUUUAUAAGUGCCACAAUUACAGGAAUGUACAGGAAUGCCAUAUUUUACUAAACAGACUUAAUUAUUUUUGCCUCCAAGAAGCUUUUAAAAGCUUUUGUUCUGUAGGAUUAACUAAAUGCAUCACAUAAGUUGUUUAUUAAUAUUUGUAGGAGUUGACUCAUAAAAAGAGAAAGAUUUGUUCUUGUUCUUUUUUAGUCCCUCUGACCAAUUACUAUAGUUUUGUGAGCACAGACAAAGACAGACGACAGACUCCAGACAUUUCCAGACCGUGUUACUGAAUGAAACCACUGAUACAUCAUCAUUAACCAGUGGGCCGUGCGUUUUUUUGCAUGCACACUUCAUGGCAUUUUAGUGGGUUAAACUGCAAAAGCGGAUACAGCAUUGUAACUGCCUUGACUCAACCACAGAAAAUAGAUGUCUUAGUCAUGUGAAAAUGACGCCCACCACCAAUCUCCGAGUCCUUGCUGUUUCGCUGCUCUCCCUCCUCGCUGCCCUACUUAGCGCUGCUGUGGAGACCUCCCUGUCCCCGCUUCCUCAGCAGACGGACCGCUCCAGAAGACCGGUCACCGAGGAGCCCAAGAAUGACUCCAGCCCGUCCCUUCUGCUCCUCGCCAUUCAGGCCAACCUCCUGCCAGCUGCUCUCCAAAGCAGGCCCAAACGCCCUGUAGAGCUCCCAGAAACCUCAGGGGGAGUCCUGGAAACGCCCCCCAGGCCUUUGCCCCAGGUAAUGUUCCCCAAGAAUGUAACGUCAUCAGAGGCCCUCGCACCACCUUUAGGCGCAGCCCAGGUGGCGCCUUUUCAAAUGAUGGACGGCUGGACGGAUGUAUGUCGAGGCUACUACGACGUGAUGGGACACUUCGAUUCGGCCUUCAACUGCUCCAAGGACUCCUUCAUCUACUGCUGUGGAACGUGCCACUACCGCUUCUGCUGCCCAGAGUCCAGCAGGAAACUGGAGCAGGAUAACUGCAAGAAUUACGACUCCCCAGACUGGGCCAAGCCGCAGACGGAGGUCAUGACGCUCCCAGACGACGGGGGCUCCGACCCAGACUUCGACCCGCUGAAGCAGCAGAGCCACAACACGGGUUUCGUCAUCGGGGGCGUGGUUGUGUUCAUGGUGGCGGUUGCCGUGGGGAUCAAGGUGGUGUUCAACAAAGUGCAACACGAGGCCAAUCAGAGGGAUCUGAACAUGACGAGAGCCUUUGUUGAUAUGCUGCGGCACCAGCCGAGUCCGGUCCAGCAGGAUGAGAGAAACAACAGCGUGGCUCUGACAGUUGGGGACGGCCAGGGGACGAUGGGAAGAGCGCCGAAAAACCUCUACGCUCCAGGAGUGCCCAGCAAAGACAACAGACUGGGAAAUCUGCAGCACAAUUUCAUCCACUCAUCAGGCAACAGCCCCAAACACACGGCAACCAUCGAACGCACGCCUCGAAUGAACAAUGCUCAGCUGGCAGCUGGAGGCACCCUGCUUUCCAGUAAGCACAACAACACCAAAUCCCAACCUGCUUUCCACCACUCCCUGCACAACCUGGCCCAGCUGCCACCUUCCUACGAGAGCGCCACCAAGCCUGAGCUCAACAGAUACUCCUCGCUCAAACGCCUCGAGAAAGGUCUCGAUGAGUACUCAUCUGGCUACUGCACCACCAAGCGCCGGCCUCACACCGCCCAGCCGGCCCUCCAGUCCUCUCAGCACCAUCUCCACUGGGGUGGAGACUACACCCUCAGUGGCAGAGGAACCCUCCCCAGGCAUGCCGCCCGACCCUGGAUCCCACCACCACCUUCUGGCAUGCCAGCCUCCCCUACUCCUAAUCCGUAUCCUCUGGAUCCCCCGGAGCCCCAAUACAAUCCCAACUACGAAACUCUCUCCAAGCCUCCCAGGAAAGUCAAGUCCACUGACCAGCUGCUCAACAUGGGCGACGUCUCAGGCAACACUGGGACUCUGUCCCGGCUGUCCAAGAACCAGCAGCAUCAGUACUACAAAGCCAUGGCUGCCUCCAACAAGAACUCCAACACGCAAACCCUCACCAGGAAGCCCCAGGACAGACAGGAGAGGCAGGAGAGGCAGGAGAGGCUCCUCAUGUCGCCAGACCAUUUGGAAGAGAGGAUGGGAGUUGGCGGGAUGGGAGUUGUAGACCCAUACGCCGCUCACACAGGAGGGAUAGUCCCCACGUUGCCUCGCCAGCAGAAGGCCCAGUCCCAGCAGAACGUCUGCGCCACGCCAUCCCUCGACCGGCACCACAUGAUCAAGAUGAACUCUCACCCCACAUCGGGGCGAGAGCAAGAGCGGAGCACGCCCAUGACGGGCCACAUGAGCGGAGGCGUCGCCUGGUCGGGGGAAAUGCCCGGGGCAGGGGUAGUCAUGGGAACAGGAACACUGGGAGGCCACAGCGCCAGGAGGAUGGCUUUUGCAGCAAAGCGGCAGAACACCAUCGAGCAGCUACAUUUCAUCCCGGGAGGGGGCGGUGCGGGGUCUGCAGGAAGCGCAGGAGGAGGCAGUCAGGGAAUCAGGACGGGGAGUAAAAAUGAGGUGACCGUGUGAGGUUCGUGCCUAGUCGUAGACUCUACCGCUUAGCAGAUACGUGGGAAUAGCUAGAUAGUCCUUUUGCAUUUAACUAAUAGAUAACAGCUAUCAAAGCAUAAAACUAGACUUAAGAAGUAUCGUAACAGCUUAACGUGUUCAGGCUAAUCAAAUUAGUGUACUCUUGUAAUUAAAUUAGCUUGAAAAUGACCGUUUAACGAAAUCUUAGUAUGGAACAUCUGUGUCAUGUUUGUGAUAGCCUACGUCAGCCAUAUUUUGUAACAAAAUUUGCCAUAUUGCCAUAUGCAGCAGUGCCAUUACUUCUAGAGAGACUAACAGGACAACUGAAACAAAACCAACAGAGGAUUUGCUCACGAUUUAGUUUUUAUAUGUUUUUGUUUCCAAAAAAAGUACUCAGGAGCCAUAUUAGAUAGAAAAGGGGAAUAUAUUAGAAAGACUGGAUGAAGCAGAGGAGCGUGUGAGAAUUUCCAUCCCAGAGUUUGACAGAGCAAUCAGGACUCCUUGAACAGUCAUUCUGCUAAGUCCUGGCUGACAAGGUAUCUUUUUUAAAGACUGGAUCUACUGGCUGGGAACAGAUCAGAUGAGUCUCAAAGACCCAUGUGCCUGGUGGACGAUUUUCUUUCUUUUUUUUUGUUUUUGCUGGAUUUUCUUCUGAAAUUAACCUCAUCUGGACACAAGAAGACUUAACUGUUCCUGUUGCUUCCGAUGUACUGGAGCAGACAAGGUGGUGGGUGGGACACUGCUGGAAAGCCUAAUUUCAAGUGCGGACGUACCCACAUGAACUAUCUGCUGCCUGGGCUGCCUAGUUUUCCAUGUGACCUUAGAUUAUAAUCCCCAGAGGAUCUCAGAUGGUUGACCACUGUUACACUAACAGAGUGUACGAUGACGUUGGACCGCGUGAUGGGUGAGAUUACUGUUUACAAAACAGGACCUACCAGUUAUAAAAAAGUGGGCUACCAAAUAUUGUAGAGCCAUUAAGACGUUUAAGAGAGAUUUAAGAGAUUAUAAACAGUACUUUUCAGUUCUAUAAAGCAGCAACUUGCUGUAAUUUCAGUUGUAGAUAUAGAGCAUAGAUUUUUUUUUACAGAGCACAAAUGAGUAGAGCAUGAUGCGGAGAUUGCACUUACACAACUGCCCUUCAAAGCCAUAGCCAUCUAUGGGGGAAACAAAGAAAAAAAACCACAGAGGAAGCUGGUCUGACAAUCACCUCUUAACUAUUAUCAGCGGGUGACAACUAACCCGAGUUAGUGAUGUUUUGUACAGUCAAAGGAUUGGCCGUUCAAACCGUUCGGAGGAAGAGCCCAAAGCCUUCUCCGGCACGGCUUUGUGCGCCGCAAGAGACUCAGAUGGAAGGAAAGCCCUUCCCCUCUUCAAGACAAAGACUUUGCUGUAUCAUAACGCACUUCAGUCGGUAUGAGAAAAAAAAGAAAAAAAAAAGAACAAACAAAGAAAAAACAGGUAAAAAAAAACACCAAUAACAACGCUUAUCAAUACUAAGGGCUAUCCUAUCCUAUAUACUUCAGUAUAUGUGAUAUAUGUGAUCCAUAUAAAAUAGUAUCUCUUUCUAUUGAUUUUGUGUUGAUAUUGUCAUGGCGUAUUAAGUAUUAACGUGUUAAAAAAAACAGAAACACAAGCAAUUUAAGCACAGUUCAAAAAAAAAAAAAAACUUUGCACAAACUAGUCCCCUGAUAUUUGCAACCUGCUCUCGGCGUCGAAUCUUCAAGGUUUAUCUUCUGCACAGUAAAGAGUGACUGAUCAACGGAGGGAACUGCAUCGAGAGAUGAUUUUAUUUUUAAAUCAGCCAAAAUCGUUUUCUUUUUCCCAUUUGACGAAGGCACUGUUUGAUUUUGUUCAGUCACGUGAAAGAGAGACGGGAACAAAAAAGGCCGACAUGCAGAAUUACAUUUGGACAAUCUUCCUAUACACAGUUCUACAUGUAGUUAUGAAUAUGAUGGAGUGUUAUUAUUAGUAAUUAUUAUAACUGUUAUGGUUAUUAUUAACAAUUUAUCUUAUGGUGUGAUGUUCUUUUACUUGGUGGAAUUUUAAGUGUUUAUUGUUUUUAGAUGACUAGCGUUCUCAUGACUAGUUAGUGGUUCAUGCAUCUGGUCACCAAAUUUUGAACGACAUUCCAAAUCUUGAUGCAUGCCAGCUCCAUUCCAUUGAGAGGCAUUGACAGCAUGCCCGGGUCUUCAGGUCAGUGGUAUCUACACGGCCAGUGUUUUCAGCUGUAUGUACUGUGCCUAGACAUCAGCCUUAUGACUCCUUCAACUGAGGUUUCCACUUUGGUACAGAAUACACACGUUUAAAAAAAAAUAAAAUGAAUAAAAAAAACAUUAGCAGCCUUCUAAAUGUUCAAGGAAUAGGUGAGCUUUUGGUGGGGAUUCAUUGAUAUGUUUUCUGCAGCAGCCUUACCCACAAACUUCUCACAGGUUGCAUGCGCUGUAAUCACUAGUAUGUAUGUUCGAAUGAAUGUUUUUUUUUUUUCUUUCAUACGGGAGAAGUGUAAUAGAAUCUCAUUAGCUCUAAUUGCAGUUUCAUUUUUUAGGGAAAUGGCACAAACAACAUACAGUUUCAUUUUUUUGCUUUUUAUUUAUGAUUUAUUUUUUAACAGAGCCACAAAAAGUUUGUAGCAAAGUCUGUAAAAUCUCACAAGCCAUAUAUCCAUUGAAGCUCAUCUUCAUAGUUUUAUAAAAAAUGGUUAAUCUAAUUUUGUGCAAGUACCGUGUUUUGUAUAGGUAGUAAAAUCAGAAUAUUUUACGUGAUCUCUUUAAAAUUAAUUUGAAUAUUUAAUAAAAAAACAGAAGUUCUGUGUUAGUAUUUAAGGAAUUGUACAGUGCCAAAUUCAUAAACAUUUUGUUGUCUUUUUAUUGUCAUUGCCUCUUAGACAGUAAUAGGGGGUGCUUUUAUUUUCUUAACACCGAACUAGAACAGCUGCACGCACACUGAAAAAGCUUGUUUUCAGAGAGAAAUGAAUGAAUAUGGUGUGUGUUUUAGCCAUUAUGAAUUCAUUUAGAAGGAUGAUGUUUUUAAGGCCACCUUCAAUGGACAAACUCAAAUGAAAAUGGUUCAUUUUUCUUUUUUUGCUCCCAUGCCUGCAAAUUUGAAUAUGUUUUUGUCAUAGUUUAAUGCAUCGAUCCCCUUGGAUACGACAGUGAUUUACAAAAAAUUUGUAUAAUAAAGUUGGUGGAAAACAUGU